UCAGAUUUUCACCACCCACAAAAAUAUAAACAGUUUGAAAUUUACGUGAAAGUUUUUCCUUUUUUAACGAGGAAUUUCUACCGGAAAAAUGCCCGAAUCUACCCUCACGGUAUUUGAGAAGGAUAGCUUCAACGCUGAAAAGUAUGUUAAGGAACUUGUUCAGGACUGCGUCGGCGGCCCGGAGCUGCAGCAAACCAAGGCCAAGAUCCAAAGCCACAGCGACACGGUGUCCUCCACGCUGAAGAAGCAUGUAUACGAGAACUACAUGCAGUUUAUCGAGACGGCCAAGGAAAUUUCGCAUUUGGAGUCCGAGAUGUACCAGUUGUCGCACAUUCUGAUUGAGCAGCGGAACCUGCUGUCGACGCUGCGCGACGAGUCGAUGCUGGACGAUCAGAAGUACAUCAUCGAGGACCAGAGCGUGGAUCCGAACGUGAACGAGGAGCAGCAAAACAAGAAGGCGAUUCAGCUGAUCAAGGAAUCGCUGCUUGGGUACAAGGGAAAUCUGGACGAUAAGGUGUUCAUCUACGAGGGUGGGUUGAUCGAGCUGGACACUAACGAUUAUCGGCCGAUCUGUCGCAUUCACCUGUUUCUGUUUAACGAUGUUCUUGUGCUGGCCAAGGUCAAGCAUGAUAAAAAGCUCGAAUUCCUCACCGAGUACGACACCAAAAAGAUCGCCGUCAUCAACAUCAAAGACCUGGACGGAGUCAACAAGAACGCCAUCAACGUCAUCACGAGCGACGGCGCCCGCAUCUUCCAGUGCGUCAACUCGGCAUCCAAGCUGGAGUGGAUCGACAAGUUCGAGGUGGCGAUCAAGUUCCACCAGCUGAAGCACAAGAAAGGACCCGCCCCGCAGCCACCAACCUCGCUCAAGUUCGACAAGCAGAAAUCCGUCGAUUCGGACAUGCUAUCUCCAAGCGCCUCAGCCUCCGUGUCCAUCAUCGUGGAGAAACAAGCUCCCGACUGGCUCGCUUCAGCCCCGGAAGAAAUCCAAGCGGAAAUCGCCCAACGCCACUUCGAGGACAGUUUGACCCUGGUUCAAAAGUGCGAAGAACACCUAGCCAGAGAUAGCAGCUUCGCGAACGCGGCCGAAAUCGGCGAAAAAAUCAAAACCCUCAAAACAACCCUCUCGUCCGUGCUGAUGCAGGAACUGUCCAGUUCGCAGAGCCGCAGCCUGCAAGCGGCACUUCGAUCUAGCCGGCGUCCCCUCAAACUGCUGGUCGAGAUGGGAAAGGCACGGGAGGCGUGCGGGAUUCUGCUGCGCGUUUGCAGCACCGCAAUUCGCACUUCGCAGCGACAGGCACGGCGGAACAAUCUGGCCGUUUCGGAGCUGUUCUUCUGCGACGUGGCGCAGGUUUCGAGCGAGUUUUUGAGGGCGUUUAGCAGCAAGGCGUCGUGCACGAGUGCGCUGAUCGUCUGGUGCAACCUGGAGCUGCAGUACUUUGCGUCGCAGCUGAUCAAGCACUACCUCACCAAGGACACCCAGCUGGAGAUGGUCGCCAAAGUGGUCGAGGGCGUCCGCGAGCCGUGCUCCAAGCUGACCGACAUCGGGCUCGAUCUGUCCUACCACAUGGAGGGUCUGCUGCGGAACACGCUCGAACAGCUGCUCGAGGAGGCCAAGUACCGGCUGGUGGACUCGAUCGGCCGCACCGAGGACGUCUGGCAGCCGUACAACCUGCAAACCAAGACGAACCUGCGCGCCGUGCUGAAGGAGUUUGAGGGGGUGGGGGUGGACAUGCAGCCGCUGGUCACCGGGGACACGUGGAUCAAUCUGACCCAGACGACGGUGAAUUUUUGUCGGCACUUUUUGGCUACGGCCGAGAGUUGCGCCCACCUGGCCAAGUACGACUCGCUCAAGACGGACGCGGAGCUGCUGCUGAAGGAGCUGUUUCUUGCGCAGCACGCAAUUAAGCCGCACGCCGCCAUGAACGUGGAUCUCAACUUUGUGGCGAAGAACAAAACGUACAUGAGCGAGGUGCUGCUGCCGAUUGCGAUCGCGCGCUUCGAGAAGAUCUCCGACAAGAAACCGGACCUGCUGGCCGAGCUUCAGCUGCAGCUGCGUGGACCCCCGAAGCCCAAGCCGCGCAGCGUUUACAAAACGGACGUUCUCUAAUUGAGUGUAGAUUGUAGCGUUGAUCAACGAAAAGAGUUGUAUUUAUUCCAUUAGCACUUAGGAACGAACUAAACUUAGCCUUACACCUUAA